GGGGUUAAAUUUAAGUCGAGUUCCAAAUAGCCAAUGAUGAAAAGAAGAAAUGACUGAAACCAUAGCAACGAAAAGGAAGUUUACCCAGCUUCGACAACAUCUACACAGCUAAGCCAAUGUUACUUGUUUUAUACUGAAAAUACCACUGCUACUUUUUUCAUUUUAUUUUAUUUUUUCAUCUGAGUACGAUAGCUUCGCGUUGCCAGGGCUUAAUCGUAGCAAGUUAGCUGGACAAGCUAAUGAUCGGCUGGUGAAAAUGUUUAAAGCAAAAAUUCUCUUCGUAGGUCCUACUGAGAGUGGUAAGACCGUUGUUGCUAACUUCCUUUCAGACACAACAGAAAACGUGGGUGGGGAAUACAGACCAACGCAAGGAGUCAGGAUCCUGGAAUUUGAAUCCCAGCCUGAGGGCAGCGGUGACAAGAUCUGUGAGGUUGAACUUUGGGACUGUUCAGGGGAUUUUAAAUUUGAAUCCUGCUGGCCUGCACUGAUGAAGGACUGCAGCGGUGUAGUGAUCAUUUUUAAUCCUGAUAUCCCAAGUCACCUCAAAGAAAUCGAGACGUGGCACUCCAUCUUCAUCUCCACUCAAAGUUUGCUGGAAAGCCAGUGUUUACUCAUAGCUCACCACAAGCCUGGCAGUGAGAUAGAACAUGGCCGACUGCCUUUAGCACCAAACCUGAGCAGGUUGCCACUUAUUCAUUCUGAUCUGGAGGAAGAGCCCGAAGAUAUGCGACAUGCCUUCUACAGAUACUUGGGAAAUGUUGUAAAAGCAAUGUCCGAGAGUCGAGAGCGAGAGGAGAUGUCCAUCAUUACAUAGCAGUGAAAUGUACCAAACACCCAUUUUAGUUAGCAUACACUUUGACUCGAACAUCUGAAAUACAUUAUCCAUUACUAAUACCUUAAGAUCUUCAUGAGGUAUUAUGAAACAUUUUGUAGCCCUAAUAUUUUUGGAAAUUGUUUGAAAAUAAAACAUAUAAGGGAAUUCAA